ACUUUUCGAAAACAUGUAUGGUGAAGGCCUUGGUGGUGGGAUUCAUUCCAGUAGUAAUUCGUUGAGAAGAUACGUAUCCUCUCCCUGUUCUAGUCACACUUCUUACACCUCUGUCCAAAGCUCUCCUAGUUACUUUCCUCAUUUCCCCUCCCCUGAACUCAUUUCCCCAGAAAAUACAAUCAAAAUGUCACAGCGACGUAGUUUCGUACGAUCCGGCGAUAGUGGAUUGGCCGGAAUGGAUUUUCAGAUGAAAUCUGAAAAGUCGCCCACUCAUGCUUCUGGGGUCGAGAAAUCGAAAGAUGUCUCGAAUAUCCCCCAAACUAGAUCGUCCUCUGACAGCGACAUCUUCUCCACUUUAAGUCCAGUCAGUAAUCGAGAAUACAAGGACGAAGUGAUUUCGUACUUGCAAUUUGACAAGGAGGAUGAUACUAAAACACCCAAAGUGUGCAGGAGAAAGAAUCUAAGAUCCAAGCUCGCCUCCACAGAUAGCUCCUCAAGGUCCAAAAUCCAAGGAAAACACAAGCAAAUUCCAGACAAGGAAUACUGUCAAGAGAUUGCUGAAGACAGAUCUGUCAGUGACACGCAGGACGCUCAGAGUGUUUCAACUGUUUCGGGAACUGGCAUGAACUUCUUCCGCAAGUUUGUACAACGUAAAAAAAGACACACUGACGAUCGCAAAGAUGACAAAUCGGACUCCUUAGUCUCGAGCAAACCCCCUGAUACCGAAGAGGAUCGGGAGAGCCAAGCCCGAUUUCGACGAGAAGUCCUUAUUGAACGCCUAGUCUCGGACGCUCUCUCGAUGCGAUCGGGGACGGAUUCGUCGUGUUCCAGUGCCAGCUCAACCACUGAAGAGGACACUUGGAACGACUUUCUACGCGACCCUUUGGACUUGGAGGAAAUCCAGGAUGCGUUGUCUUCCAUAUCAUCCGUCAAAACCAACGCCAGGAGCUCAUUGAACCUCUCUUCUGUGUCGGGAUCAGGGUUGAAGUUCUUGAGGAACUACCUCCGAAAGAAAAAGCCAAAUCUGAGCAAAGCGGAACAGACGGAUCGAAAUCCCGCUUUCAACGGUGUGCCCGUCCCAUACCCACCUCUUGAUGACUUUUAUGGCCCAGCGUAUUUGUCUAAUGAUGAUAUCGACAUGGAGGAUAAGCGCAUGUCCAUAGCCAGUACGAUCGCCAACCUUUUGAAUGAAUCCUUCAAUUCUGACGAGGACUCUGAGCUGGAAAAUCUGGAUUGGGAUGAUUGGAUGGACCAAGAGGCAUCCACUCAGUUAGGGGACUUGGUCUCGUUGGCUCACAAUAUCCAUCAUUCAAAUGAAAGUGAGGCCUCGGCCUCUCGAGAUGACACUCCUAUCCAAGAUGUUAUGGCAUCGACCCAAAGAACACCCUGGAGUACACCGUGUAAGGGCGACGCAAAGAAAAUGGACACUUUUUCUAAAAUGUCCAAUUCAUUGCCUUUAGCAAAUGUACAGAGCAAAAAAUCUGCACAAGAUCCGAGCAAUAGCGACAUGUCAUUCAUGAUUGUGGGCUGUCCCCCAUUGGCCAACCCGGAGCUCGACGAUUUCGACGAACUCAAUCGAACAAAGGUAGGCCAUCAUGAUCAACAUGGCUUGCUUGAACAAGGGUCAAAUGGUCACGGUGGGCGACAUAAUGACCGAAGAAAGCAAGGCCAACAAUACUCGGUGGAGAGAAGGCACGAAAGGACAGGAACGCCUCAAGAGACGUUGUAUUUACUUGAGACCUUUGACACCGACAAAGACCCACCCAUUAUGGCAAGUGUCAAAAGAAGAACGAGAAAGUCGGAGCAUCUAAAAAAGAUUGAUGAUGGAGCAAGAUUGAGGAAUGCCCAGACUAGCUCGCUAUUGUCGGCAAGUUCUCAAAAUUCCUCACAUUCGAAUAAUAAACAUUCGGGCUCCCCGGGGGGAAAUUUUGGCACAAGUUCCUCGCUGUUCACGAACUACUCGAGAUGGCCAUCAGAGAGCUCAAAUCAAAGCACGCCGAAUGCGGAAAACUCGAGCUCCAGUCGAUCCACUGGGACGUCAUGUUCCACACCAUCGCCAAAUCCUCAGUUUGAUUGUCAGCUCCAAGCACCAGACUUGACAUCUCGAAAUCGACUCGUCUCCUUUUGGAACGAAAGAGUCUCGAAUCCCACUGAUGAAAUCCACCCAACGCCCAACACCUUCAAACGGUCCAUAUCCGAUGGGGGAUGCCAAUUGUUGGCUGGAUCGGCCGGAUUCAAGCCAGUGUUUCCCAGCUACUACAAACCUGAAACGCACGAUUUGGCCAAUGAACGUAUCCAAGCCUUUGUAAAUGCCACUCGAAAGGCUGCUAAUGAUGCUCAAAUGGGGGAUUUCCCCAUGGUGGAUUCAAUCAACUCGAGUGCAGGGACUACUCCCAACUCCUUGGAGAAGUGGGAGCAGAAUCGUUCCGAGUUGAAGUUGCUCAAAUGUCAGUCGGAUACCAAAGCCAAAGAAGAGCCGAAAAUCUAAUCAUUUGUCAAAGGAAAACCUAACGUUAUUGGUCCAAACAUAAAGCAAUACAGUACAACUAAACACUUUGAAA